GGGAAACUCGCAAAGCAUUGGAUGGAGUAUCAAGGGAUAAACAACUGGGAAGGCUUGCUUGAUCCACUCGAUGAUAUUUUACGAAGUGAGAUUUUAAAAUACGGUCGGUUCGUGGAAGCGGCUUACCAGUCUUUCGAUUUUGAUCCGUCGUCACCUACUUACGCUACGUCUAAGUUCCACAAGAACUCUAUACUGACUCGGUCUUGCAUUGGGGAGACCGGUUAUAAACCCAUCAAACACUUACGAGCUACAUGUGGGAUUCAGUUGCCGGGUUGGGUCGACAGGGGACCCAGUUGGGUUUCGACUCGGUCGAGCUGGAUCGGGUACGUGGCGGUUUGUCAGGAUAAGGAAGAAAUCGCCAGGCUUGGCCGGCGGGAUGUCGUGAUUGCCUUCAGAGGCACCGCUACUUGUUUAGAAUGGCUCGAGAAUUUACGCGCCACGCUGACGUGCCUCCCUGAUGACGUGGUUAACGUUGUGGGCCCUGAAAACGGUGGGGCCAUGGUGGAGAGUGGGUUCUUAAGCCUCUACACUUCGGGUAGCGACACGUGUCCCAGUUUACAACACAUGGUAAGGGAAGAAAUCGGGAGGGUACUCCAAACCUACGGCGACGAACCUCUUAGCUUUACCAUCACCGGCCACAGCCUCGGCGCUGCACUCGCCACCCUCGCGGCGUACGACAUCAACUCCACUUUUUCCGACCCGCCAAUGGUCACCGUUAUCUCGUUCGGCGGACCGCGCGUCGGUAACCAAAACUUCCGAUGCCAACUAGAGAAAAGCGGGACAAAGAUUCUACGUAUAGUAAACUCCGACGACCUUAUCACCAAAGUACCAGGCUUCGUAAUCGACAACGACGACACGGAAAUGACAAACAACCAAGCUCUGAACGUGGUGGGGUUGCCGAGAUGGGUACGGAAACGCGUGGAAGACGCGCCGCUGGUUUAUGCUGAUGUGGGACAAGAACUGAGAUUAAGCAGUAAAGAAUGCCCGUACUUGUGUAAGGAAGGCGUAGUGAGUUGCCAUGAACUCAGUACUUAUCUCCAUUUAGUAAAUGGUUUCGUUAGUUCAAACUGUCCUUUCAGGGCCACCGCCAUGAGAGUAUUAUAUAAGCAUCACCGGCAAAAACUGGGAAGUUAUUAA